CCGUCUCAAUCCUGUGGUUUUCAAUACUUUGUGCCGUACUCUCUCCUCACUUGCAUUUCUCUCUCUAGACUUUCUCUCUCUAACUCUCUAUUGCUCUCUCUCCGCACAAAUCUCUCCCAAAAAGCUUCGAUUCGCCACUGUUUAUUACUGUCACGAUGAAUUACGAAGAAGAGAAGAGGUGUCCUCUCUGUGCAGAAGAGAUGGACUGGACGGACCAGCAGUUGAAGCCGUGCAAAUGUGGUUAUCAGGUGUGUGUUUGGUGUUGGCAUCAAAUAAUGGACAUGGCAGAGAAAAAUGAGACUGAGGGACGCUGUCCUGCUUGUCGAGCACCCUAUGACAAAGACAAAAUUGUAGGAAUGGAGGCAAAAUUUGAAAAGGUCACUGCUAACAAUGCGAAAAAGCAGAAACCACCUAAAGCAAAGGCAAAAGCAAAAGCAACUGAAGUUAAGAAGGAUUUAACCAAUAUCAGAGUGAUUCAGAGAAGGAUGGCAUACGUAAUUGGGCUGCCUCUCAGUCUUGCUGAUGAAAAUCUCUUGCAGAAAAAGGAAUUCUUUGGGCAGUAUGGUAAGGUUACUAAGGUUUCUUUAUCUCGGAUGGCUGGUGGGGCUAUUCAACAAUUUAUCCAUGACACCUGUAGUGUAUAUAUUACAUUCUCAAAAGAGGAGGAAGCCAUUCGGUGCAUACAAUCUGUACAUGGUUUUGUGUUGGAAGGCAACUUUUUGAGAGCUUCAUUUGGAACUGCUAAAUAUUGCCAUGCAUGGUUGAGAAACAUGCCUUGCAACAAUCCUUCUUGUUUAUAUCUACAUACUAUGGGUGCGGAUGAAGAUAGUUUUGGUAAAGAUGAAGCAGCUGCAGUACAUACAAGGAGUAGAGUACAACAAAUUGUUGGUGCCACACACAAUAUGCAUAGGAGCUCUGGAAAUGCACUACCUCCACCUAUAGAUGAAAGCUACAACUGCAAUAAUCUUUCUUCCAGAAGUGUUUCGAAGGGUCUGUCCCUGGAUAUAGCAACUUCUGGUGUACAUGCAACUUAUUUGCCAUUGUGCAAGGAUGAAGAUGGAGAGGCUAGGGCUGCUAGUAAAAUAACAACCUUUGUGGAUAUUGUUGGGCGGUCUUGCAGUAACGGCAUAGAAAAAGAUGGAAAUGUGGCUGAUGAUAGAGGGGUUGAGAACUCACGUUGUGAUUUGUCUUCAGUAGCUUAUCAGAAAGAUAAUCAUUUUGGUACUGCACAUACAAGUGAGAUGCUACCUAAUAAGUUCUCUUCCAGUCUCCUUUCUGAUGAAUUGCCUAUGAAUAGAGAGUUCAAGGAGCCAUUUAGAGAUACUUCAAAUUUAUGGGGUGGAGGUAGAUCUGAUGCAAUUCCCUGUGAGGAAUUUAUUGAAGAACAGUCUAGUUUGACAUUAGAUUCAGAUAAACAAAUGCUACAUGAUCCAUCUAGUGUUGUAAGAGAUGAUUCGCUGUCUCUUGAUAGCAUAAGAUUGAAAGAUUGUGGCAGUCUAGGUCUGUCAGCUCCUUCACUUUCUCCAUCUAGUGCUUCGACAACUUCAGAGGAUCCAAGAAUAUACACAUGGCGGCAUGGGGAAUCUUUAAAUCUGAGUGAAUAUAAUGUGGGUAACGUCGUAAAUAAUAAUAUGGAUGCAGCUUCAAUUACAAGUGCAAGAUCAAUGAGUGAUUUGUACAAUGAGAGAAAAUUCCAGAAUUCUGCUAAAUCAGAUAGGAUAUAUAGAUCUUCUAAUUCUUUCUCCAAUGAAGAAAUAGUAGAGCAUUUAAGAAGGCUUGAUGAUCAUGACAGGCCAGUGGAAGCUCAGAAUCCUGCUUGUAAGGCUGUAGAAGACAGUAUAAUUUCAAAUAUUUUGUCAUUAGAUCUUGAUGCUGGUGAUGACUCUUCUAAUUCGCGUCCUGGCGUGCCUGGAUUUUUCGGUCAGACUGAUGGUCAGCAUAGUUCUUCAUGGAGUCUCUAUAACAAUGACCAAUCUAUGCUUUCUUUCACAAAACAACAUACCUUUGUAAAUCAACUAUGUGAUGUGGACUCUGCAUUCAGUGAUAUCGGCCACGACUUGAAGAAAUGUUCUGCACCUAAGGAUUCAGGAGAAAACAAGCACUACUCAUCCAUCUCCCGGCACCAUGCAUCAAUGGCUCAAGGCCCUACUCCUCCAGGAUUUUCCCUGCCAUCAAGAGAACCUCCUCCCGGCUUUCCUGCAUGUGAGAGAACAGAACAAGGGUUCUUCUCUAACUCUGGAACUCACAUGGUCAAGACUUCUUCAUUUUCGAAAACUCACUACCGGACCCCAUCAACAGGGAAUAGUAGUAACAAUAGUGAAGCAGAUAUAGUUGAUCCUGCCAUAAUGGCUGUUGGAAGAGGUAAACCACCAAAUGGGUAUACAAAUUCGUGUUUCGAGACAAGGUCAACUCCAGCUUCACAAUCAGGUGCUGCCCUUGAUGACAAUGCCCGAUAUCGACUUUUGAUGCAACAGUCAAAUCAAGAAGUAAAAUACCCUCAAACCUACAUGCAACAAGUUCCAGCUUCAAAUCAAGGCAUGAGAUAUUCUGGUCAAGCGGGGGACGUGUAUUCUUCCUGGAGUGAUAUGUAUGGGAUCUCCUCGAGUUACAUGGAUCAGCGCCAGACAUAUAAUCCAUCUUCCUUCACACCAUUCUCACAACAGAAAUUCACAAAUGGAAGCCUUUCAAAUGGCUACCAGCCAGGUUUGGAUAAUACGCAUGUGAGGAAUGACACAAGCAUUGCGGAACUUCAGAGAAACGAGAAACUAGGACUGAACAAUUGCUAUACUGGUUAUGGAGAUUAUAUGUUACAGCCAAGUUCAGGUGAUCUUUAUACCAGGGUAUUUGGUAUGUAAAUCGUACUGUCAUUGCAAGAGAAACUUCCGGACUAGGCCAUAAUACUAUGCAGUUUUAGCUAAAAUGAGAAACUUCCUUGCAAGGCUAUGUUAUGCAGUUUUAGCAAAAUUGAAAGGCUUUUUCGGAUAA